AUGAACACCGAGGAGCAGUAUUACGCCUCUGCGCAGCUCUAUAAGGAGUCGUGUGCGUUUCAGAGAUCCCAGGCGCAGGAUUACAGCCCCAGCCCCCCCGCCUGCCUGUACGUGGGCAGGCAGCAGCAGACUCCUUACCCCAGCGCCUUAGGGGCUCUCGAGCAAGGCAGCCCGCCAGACAUUUCACCUUACGAGGUGCCCCCCAUCACAGAGGAUGCUGGGGUCUCCCACCUUCAUCACCAUCACCACCACCACCCUCAUCUUCCUCCUCCCCACCAGGACGCGCUGCCUUUCGCAGACGGGGCGGACACGGGGGCGAUAGAGGAGCCCCGAGUGCAGGUGCCUUUCGCCUGGAUGAAGUCCACCAAAUCGCACGCCUGGAAGGGACAGUGGACCGGGGGGUCCUACGUGGUGGAGCAGGAGGAGAACAAGCGGACGCGGACGGCGUACACCCGGGCGCAGCUGCUGGAGCUGGAGAAGGAGUUUCUCUUCAACAAGUACAUCUCCAGGCCGCGGCGAGUGGAGCUGGCUGUCAUGUUGAACUUGACCGAGAGGCACAUCAAGAUCUGGUUCCAGAACCGGCGGAUGAAGUGGAAGAAGGAAGAGGACAAAAAGCGGGGGGCGGGCAACAGCAAUGACACAGAGCAAGACUGUGUGGUGUCCUCCGGGGAGCUGCAGGGCAAGGAGGAUCUCCAGCCGUGCCCCCCCGGGAACCUGCCCUCGGGGGCCUCCAGGGACCUGCUCGCCCCUAGCCUCGCCCCCAGAAGGCAGCAGGACUCUCGGUGA